GUAGUGAGAGGUCUCACUAUAAAUGUGUUGAACACUAGUGUUGACCAGUUUUUGAACAUCCCUUACGCUGAACCCCCGGUCAGGGACCUGAGGUUCGCUAAACCACAACCACUCAAAGCACCAAAAAAGGAAAUAAUCGAUGGGACUAAGCCGGGAAACUCAUGCAUGCAAAUACCGGAACCCGAAACGUCGGGAAUUUUGUCAACACUAAUGUAUAGCGAGGACUGUUUGGUACUAAACAUAUGGACACCAAACAUUGAGAACAGUAGGUCACCAACAGAGUCGCCACUAAAAGCCGUAAUGUUUUGGAUAUAUGGUGGCGGACUGUCAUCAGGGUCCAUAUUUGACACCCAAUAUAACGGCAGCGUUUUAGCCACGUAUGACGUGAUGUUUGUGUCGGCAAACUAUAGGUUAGGACCGAUUGGCUACUUAUAUGGUGGCGAUGGGACGGCGCCGGGAAAUGUAGGCUUUUUUGAUCAACUAUUGGCUCUCAAAUGGGUCAGAGAAAAUAUCCACGUGUUUGGUGGGGACAGGGAUCGGAUCACUAUAUUCGGUGAGAGCGCCGGUAGUUGGUCCGUAUCGGCGCAUAUCAUAAGUCCGUUAGCUCGGGGUCUAUUUAAACGGGCUAUUAUGCAAAGCGGAGCUCAUAUGUAUAAUAAGGACAGGGAUGUGAUCAGCAAGUCUGAGGCCUUAACAAAAGCCAAACAUAUGGCGCAACAACUCAAUUGUAGUGAUGCUGACGAUUGGUUGCGGUGCCUGAGAGGUGUCGGCGCCCAUGAGUUCCUAAAUUUUGAGACUUAUCUGACAUUUCCGGUGUUGGGCACUGAAUACCUGCCACUAUCGGCUCAACAGGCAUUUAUGGACAAUAAAUUUAACUCAGUUGUUAAUUCG